UCAGACGCACUUCUAGUGAAUGAGACCUGCACACACAGUCAGUCAGUCUCCGACACGCUUCAAGAGGAGGAGAUCUCAAGGAGCCGGCUGUGUUUGGACUAUAACGGGACUUUAAUGCCUUCGGUUUGCUGAACAGGACCUUCAGAGGGCAGGAUGGAAAACACGUGUGAGGUGCGGAAACGGUGAGAACAAUAUUGAGUAGGGACGGCUCAGACUUCGGCUGAUGCCUCGAAACACACUGACCCUUGACCCUGCGAUGCCCGCCGAGCUUGUGAAAGACACCAUGACGAUCCCCGGAGCUCCCGAGCGAAUCCUGGCCGAGAAAACCAACAACAACGAGCCACCGCCGGCCGUCACCGUUCCUCUGGUUAACGAGGUGCAGUUGACGGCGGCCACCGGGGGAGCCGAGCUCUCCUGCUACCGGUGCACCGUCCCGUUCGGCGUGGUGGUCCUGAUCGCCGGGAUUGUCGUGACCGCCGUGGCCUACAGCUUCAACUCUCACGGCUCCACCAUAUCCUACUUCGGACUGGUGCUGCUCUCGGCCGGGCUGGUGCUGCUCGCCUUGAGCGCCGUCUGCUGGAAGGUGCGGAUGGAGAGAAAGAAGGAAAGGAGAAGAGAGAGUCAGACAGCCCUGAUGGCCCAUCAGAGGAGCAUCUUCGCCUGAUUUACACACAAGACUCCAAAAAACAGUCAAAACGUCGUUACACUCACAUUUUGGGACAAUGUCCAGAUGUUUUGCCCCCAGUUCAGAGCAAACGAGUUCUCUCGGAGAAAAAGACGGAUGACGGGAUCAGAACGAGUGUUCGGAGCAUUUAAUCGAGACUGUACUUGCAGCUGCAUGCGUCCAGAUGUCGAGACACAGCUGUAGUGCAACGCAAAUGUUUUCUUACUCAGCGUUUUUGUCUUGUUUUCCAUUAAAAUACCUUAGAUCAAGAUAAAUAUAUUUUAGAUGCUAUGAAGCCAUGUUUUUGAGUGGGUUUAUGCAUAAAACUAAUGUCAACGGGGUCAGAAAAAUAAUCUAGUUUAUCAUUUACUGUUCUAAUCCAAUUGACAGAUAUUUUUUCUUGUUUUAAGCAUAAAUUCACUUCAUUUUGAUACAUUUUUCAGAAAACAAGACUUAGAGCCAGAUUUACAAACAGCUUGUGUCAGUGCUAACCAUUUUUGGCGCUAAAAAACUACUGUUAGGUAAGCGCUGAAAAGGCGUGGACAGGGUUGUUUUUGCGGCUCACCUUAUUGCAUAUGCAUCUGUAGGAGUUUUCCGAUAUUUACGAUAAAAGGCCUCGUCCACACUACUGCGUUUUCGUUUAAAAACGAAGACCUUUUGCUACAUUUGCACCUCCCGUCCAGACUAAA